AUGGAGAAGGUUGCUGAAGAGACGCAGAGGAAGAGGAAAGCUCCUGAGGAGGUGGGCAAUGGCGAAAAUGGUGGUGGAGCUGAAGAGGAUCAACAGAGGCAAAAAAGAAGUAGGCAAAAAAGUGACGGAAUUCUGGGAAAUGGGGAUCAGGACACUGCAGGUGAGCUGGUUGAAGGAUGGUUUGGCGGUGGUCUUAGUGUUGGUGAAGAAAUUGCUCGCCUUUUUGGUGAAGUGAGUGGUGGGAGUGUUGGCCUUGGUAUUGAUGGCAUUGAUGGUGAAGGUGUGAAUUUCUGGGGUGGUGGAAAUGGACAAGACACUGAGGUUGGUGGGUUUGAUGUAGCUGCAUGCAAAUUUGGUGGUCAAGGUUUCGGUUUGGAAGAAAUUCAAGAUGGGUUCGGUGUAGCUGGUUCUGAAAAUGGUGGUAGAAUUUUGAGUUGUGACAAUUUUGGAUAUGGGUUUGUUGAAAAUAAGAACCCAGAUGGAGGUUUGGGUCUUGAUGGCAGAGGCAUUCAGUUUUGGGGCAGUGAAAAUUCUUGUGGACUUGGUGGUGGGAUGCUGGAUGGUGAGGGAAACCAAGUUGUUGGGUCUUCUGAUCUAUACGCUUGUAAAAAUGCCGGUGAAGGAAUUCAAGGCCUAUUUGGUGGCGACAGAGGUGGACUUGGAGGUCUUUUAAGAGGUGAAAGUGAUCAGUUUUGUGGUGGUAAAGCCGUUUCUGCAUAUGUUGAUGAUAAAAGAGUUCAAGGCUGUUUAAGUGAAAAUGCAUCUGGAAAUAAAGGUAAAAUUUUGGAGAGUCAAGACGAAUAUGGUGAAGGUAGACGUGGAGAUGAUGCUAAAGAAGAGGUGGCCCGGUCAAAAGGUAAGCGUGGGAGGCCAAAAGGAUCAAAGAACAAGAAGAAGAUUCUUGAGGCUGAAGAGGGCACUAAACAGUUGGGUGGAAUUUCCAGAGACAAUGUGGGUGGAGAAGAGAUUGCGAGGCCAAAGAGUAAGCAAGGAAGGCCAAAGGGGUCCAAGAACAAGAAAAAGAAGGAUCUUGCAAAUGAUAAGAAUGAGGAUGUGCCUGUUGACAAUGUGGAUGGUGAAGACUCUGUGAGGCGAAAGAGUAAGCAAGGUCGACCAAAGGGUUCUAAAACCAAAAAGAAAGAUGUUGUCAAUGAUAAAAGUGAUGAUGUGCCUGUUUUGGGUGAAAAUACUAAGGAUUUGGUUGCCGUAGCCACCCCUGGUAAUGAAGUUGGGAAUGUGAUUGUUUCGCCAAAGACAAAGCUUGGUCGACCAAAGGGUUCAAAGACCAAGCGAAAUCUUACAGGUGAGGAAAAUCAUGGCACGACAGGAUCAGGAGCUGUUGCUGUGGGCAUUGACAUAUCAGUGCCGCCUAUUGGUUUGGAGAAACGAAUGAUUGCUCUUAUGGGUGAACAAAACAGGAAAAUGGAAGUUAAAGCGUGCAGUGGUUAUGAAUUUGGAGAUGAGAUUGUGCAGUUGAAGGAAGAAGGUGGUUUGCCUACGAAGACAAUUCCUGUAAAUGAUGGAAAUAGUGCAAUGUCAAGCGAAACUUUGGGCAGAAAUUGCACUGGUGGAUUGAUGGCCUGUUUGACGGGUUUGGAAAAUAAGAGGCCAAAUCUUGUAAGCAAGGGAGAUAAGGGGCUGCCUGGUGAAUCCACUUGUGGAAGUGAGUUUGUCCAGCCAAAGGUUAAGCGUGGCCGAUUCAAGGAUCCCAAGAAGAAUAAGAAAAAGCUUGUAGAAACAGAAAAUCAGGAAAUUCCUGGGGACACCCUGGAUGCUAAUGAUGGCACUGAUAGAACACUUCUUGCGACAGGUUUGAAGAAUGAGAGACCUGUCCUUACAGGUGAGAAAGAUAUGCAAUCGAAUAAGGAAGCUUUUGAUAGCAAUGAAGAUGGAUAUGAGACUGCUCAGCCAAAGAAUAAGCGCGGUCGACCAAAGGGUUCAAAGACUAAGAAGAAGAAAGUUUCUGGUCAAGAUAAUCAGAGAAACCCCAGCAAAUUUGUGAGUGGUAAUGAUGGUAAGGUUGAGGUGGUCUGUUCAACAGGGUUGGAGAAUGAGAUCUUUGUUGGAAAAGAAGUGGGGAGAUUGCCAGGUCAAGCCACUUCUAAAAAUGGAGGUGGAAAUGAGUUUUUACAGCCAAGGGGUAGGCGCGGCCGACCGAAGGGUUCAAAGAGCAAGAAGAAAAAUCUUUCCGGUGAUGAAAAAAGGGAAGUGCCUACUGAAGUCAUGGGUGGUAUGAAUGGCAGAUAUCAGACUGCUUUGUGUACGAGUUUGGAAAAUGGGGGGCCUAUUCUUGUAGGUAAGGAAGCUGUUGAAAUGAAAGUUGGAAAUGAAAUUGUUGAGGUGAAGAAUAAGCGUGGUCGGCCAAAGGGUUCAAAGACUAGGAAGAAGAAUAUUUUAGGUAAGGAAAUUCGAGGAAUGCCUAGUGAAACAGUAGUUGGUGAUCAUGAUGAUGGUAAAGAUACUUUUCUGAUGAGUUUGGAGAAUGAGAUGACCAUUCUUGUGGGUGAGGAAGAUAAGAGAAUGCCAGAAGCAUCUGGUUAUAAUGAAGGAGGAAAUGAGGUUGCCCAACAAAACAGUAGACGUGGCCGACCUAAGGGUUCAAAAAACAAUAAACUUAAGGCUACUGUUGGAGAAUAUCAAAGCCAGGAAGCAGAAAAGGUUGGAAAAAUUAGUGGUGGGGAUGAAAGUUCACAGAAUAAGCGAGGCCGGCCUAAGGGUUCAAAGAACAAGAGAAGAGUUUUGAGUAAGAUUACAGUGCUGAAGCAUCAAAUGUCGGCAUCUCUCUUAGAGGUAGAAUAUCAGAAAGAAAAGGAUUUGAAGGAGGAAUUUCCUGUGAGGCAAUUGAAGAACUCUGACGAUACAGAGAGCAAUAACCAUAACAGGCCUAGAGGGAGACCUAGGAAGUUCAACAACCAACAACUGAAUGCCAGUGACUUUCACAGAGGAAAAUCUACUGAUACAUCUGAUGAUAACAGUAGGAAAAAGGAGAGUUUAAUGUGCCACCAGUGCUUGAGGAAUGACAGAAAAGGUGUUGUCAUUUGUUUAAAUUGCAGAAAGAAACGCUAUUGCUAUGAUUGUGUUGCAAAGUGGUACCCAGACAAGACAAGAAGGGACAUAGAAAUUGCUUGUCCUUAUUGUCGUGGUAACUGCAACUGCAGAAUAUGCCUCAAGGAGUAUUUAGUUGUGAUGGCUGGGAAUGAAGAAACAGAUGCAAAUGUUAAGUUGCAAAAGUUGCUUUACUUGCUAUGCAAGACGCUGCCUCUCCUUAGGCAUAUUCAACAGGAGCAGAUGUCCGAGUUAGAUGUGGAAGGCUGUUUACGAGGUAUCCAAUUGACAGAAGAGGAUCUCACGAGGUCUAUACUAGAGGAUGAUGAUCGAGUGUAUUGUGACAAUUGCAAUACAUCCAUUGUCAAUUUCCACAGAAGCUGCCCCAAUCCUGAUUGUUCUUAUGAUCUCUGUCUCACUUGUUGUUCGGAACUAAGGGAAGUAUGCCAGCCUAGAGGUGGUGAAGCAGAAUCUUCUCAUCAGCAGUUUUGCGAAAGAGCAUAUGGUCAAGGCAGAGUCUCAAAUGGCAGCCAUAUUCCUGCAAAUGGGAAUAGAUAUGUAUUCCAGAGCCAAAUGGCCAUACCAGUAAAUAGGUGCACAAAUCAUAUGUCAUCUGACUUUCCUGAUUGGAUAGCAGAAGCUGAUGGUAGGAUUCCUUGUCCUCCAAAAGCACGAGGAGGUUGUGGUGCCAAGUUACUUGAACUGAGACGAAUCUUUGAAGCUAAUUGGGUUGAAAAACUAAUUUCGAGUUCUGAGUACCUCACUAUCAAUUAUCAGUCACCAGAUAUUGACUUUUCUCAAGAAUGUUCAUUGUGCCAUCCUAUCAGUUCUGCUGGAAGUGGAGUAAAAGCUUCUGAAGUAAGGCAGGCAGCUUAUAGGGAAAACUGUCAUGAUAACUCUCUCUACUGCCCAAAUGCCGUUCAUCUGGGAGACAAUGAUAUUGAGCAUUUCCAGUUACACUGGAUGAGAGGUGAACCUGUUGUGGUAAGAAAUGUACGUGAAAAGGCUUCUGGCCUUAGCUGGGAACCAAUGGUCAUGUGGAGGGCUUUUAUUGGGGCAAAAAAAGUAUUAAAAGAGGAGGCAGUCAGGGUUAAAGCCAUUGAUUGCUUGGAUUGGUGUGAGGUUGAGAUUAAUAUUUUUCAGUUCUUUAAGGGCUAUAUAGAGGGCCGUAGGUAUAGUAAUGGGUGGCCAGAGAUGUUGAAGCUGAAGGAUUGGCCUCCAUCCAAUUCCUUUGAAGAGUGUUUACCAAGGCACGGUGCUGAAUUUAUUGCCAUGCUUCCAUUCAGUGACUAUACCCAUUCCAAAUCAGGUGUACUAAAUCUUGCUACAAAGCUUCCUAUUGUUUUAAAGCCAGACUUGGGACCAAAGACAUACAUCGCUUAUGGAUCAAUGGAGGAGCUUGGUAGAGGUGACUCAGUAACCAAACUGCAUUGUGACAUUUCUGAUGCGGUUAAUGUACUGACACACACAACCGAAGUAAAGAUUCCUCCCGGACAGCGUAAAAUCAUCGACCAAUUACAGAAGAAAUAUGGAGCUGAAAAGGAAACAAUUGAAGAAAAAUCAUGUAAUGAAGAAUACUUUGAGCCUUCUAAUGUGACAGAAGACAUGAAGUAUGUCAAUGAGGCAGAUUUCUCACGGAACCUAUUUUCAGGCAAUGUUAUUAACUUAGAGUCUCGGGAGUCUGAUUCAAAUUCAAGCACAAAUGUUCAAAGUAAUGAUACUUCAGAGGUUGAAUAUGGAGGUGCUGUGUGGGACAUUUUUCGUCGGCAAGAUGUACCCAAGUUAAUAGAAUACCUACUGAAGCAUCACAAAGAAUUCCACCACAUCAAUAAUGCCCCUGUGAAUUCUGUUAUUCAUCCUAUUCAUGACCAGACGCUUUAUCUAGAUGAGAAGCAUAAAAAGAAGUUGAAGGAAGAGUUUGAUGUUGAGCCUUGGACAUUUGAGCAACACCUUGGUGAGGCUGUUUUCAUUCCCGCUGGAUGCCCACAUCAAGUGAGAAAUAGGCAGUCAUGCAUUAAAGUGGCCCUUGACUUUGUUUCCCCCGAAAAUGUUCAAGAAUGCAUUCGGUUAACAGAGGAGUUUCGCUUGCUUCCAGAAAACCAUAGAUCCAAGGAAGAUAAAUUGGAGGUGAAGAAGAUGGCCCUAUAUGCAGCAAGUGAUGCUAUAAGUGAAGCCAAAAAUCUUAUGUCCGUAAAUUCAUUAAACGGGGCCAGGAAGCUUAGGAGCAGCCGUUCCAAUUCAAAGUGCCAAUUGGAGAAGUAG